CAACACACCCAACUUAGCUGUCCACUCGUUUUUAUAUUUUCUUUUCUUUUUCCCCUUUUCUAUCCUCCUCGUUGCAGUUUCUCUCACAAAAUACAGAGGGAGAGACACCAAAUACUAACUAGUUUCUUUCGAGUUCAUUUUUUUUUGUUUUGUUUCUUUGAUUCUCUCAACUUUAGCAAGUGGGGUGGGGAAAUUUUUCCUCAAGUAACCAACUUCAUGGCUAAUUUGGCUGCAUCUUGAUUCUCUAUGGUCUGACAGAUUCUGGGUUGUUCAGAUUUUACUCAAAGGAGAAACCUUUGUCUCAAAGUGGUCUUAGAUUACAAACCCCUUCGUUUCAUAUUCAACAACAAGACUCCCAUGAAUUUUUGUUCAUUGUGGGUUCUCAAUCGCUGUUUUAAAACGCCUGUCUUUUGGAAUUGCUUCCACAAAACUCUCUAAAUGCUGCCGUCUCUUGUUUCUUCUGCAAUACCCUCUUGAACUUCUAUUGGGUCUCUUUCGUUUCUUCCACAGAUCGCCGGGAUUAUAUUUUCCACGCCGUCGAGAUCUGCCGUUUUCCGAUGUCAAAGUUGAUGAAAUUGAAGACGAAAACGACAGAGAUGUCAGAGAUGAAGGGUAGUUCCACCGUCGGUGACAACCGACCGAUGGAUUGGGAAUUACGGCCAGGGGGAAUGCUUGUUCAGAAGAGAACACCUGAUUCCGACAAGGAAUCAACUCCGGCGCCGAUGAUUAGAGUUAAAGUCAAAUACGAUUCUACUUACCACGAAAUUAGUAUCAGUUCUCAAGCUACAUUUGGGGAAUUGAAGAAGAUAUUGGUUGGACCUACGGGAUUACACCAUCAAGAUCAGAAGCUGUUGUUUAAAAAGAAGGAAAGAGAUUCAAAGGCCUUUCUAGACAGUUGUGGAGUAAAAAACAAAUCCAAGAUUGUUGUAAUGGAAGACCCAAUUAGUAAAGAAAGAAGGUAUGUUGAGAUGAAGAAGAAUGCUAAAAUGGAGAGAGCUUCCAAAUCUAUAUCAGAAAUCAGCCUUGAAGUUGAUAGACUUGCAGGACAGGUUUCUGCUUUGGAAUCUGUGGUUUGUAAAGGUGGGAAAGUUGCUGAGAAUGAUGUGUUGAAUUUGAUUGAUUUGUUGAUGAAUGAAUUGCUUAAAUUGGAUGCUAUUAUGGGAGAUGGAGAUGUAAAGUUGCAAAGGAAAAUGCAGGUAAAAAGAGUGCAAAAAUAUGUUGAAACUCUUGAUUUGUUGAAGAUGAAAAACUCAAUGGCUACAAUUCAGACACAAACACAAGCACAACCACAAACUCAACUCAAACACAACAACUCUAAUCAUCAAAGACAAACAAGUACUAGGCCUUCCUUUCCAAACACUAAACUAUCAACAAUUCAAGAGGAGCACCCACGCGAUCUCGCCGUCAUCGAAAACUUGCUUCUAAUUCAGCAAUCUCCACAGCAUUUGACGAAGUCGAAGACAUCAUCCGGUACUGUCGUCACAACAAAAUGGGAGAUAUUUGAUUCUUCCCCAUCAAUCAUACCCACCGAGCAUCCCGUCCCACCAAGGUUCAACUGGGAAUUCUUCGAGUGAGUGCCAUACAUUUUGUGAGGAUUUGAAUUCAGAUUUAGCUGGUUUGGUCCCUUAUCAUAUAUCAAUGUGAGCUCUUUCAUUCUUUACUGUAUUUAGAUUGAAAUUUAGACACCUCCACCCCUUUUGAGGUAAUAAAUGGGGUUAUUACAAUAUUAUUGAUCUCACCAUCAAUCUUCUGUCCCUUAGUAUUUCUUUGGGCAUUCUGGAAUUCUUUUUCCCAAUUGUUUCUUCUGUGUUUAAAUUAAAAUUAGAUCAUGAUUGGUUU